UAAAUGCGAAAAAUUAACCUACAAGAAACAAACCUACCACUACGGUACUACCAAUCCCACCACAGAUCUUGAAUGUUUGUUAAGUUUUGGAACAAUAGAUCUGUAAAAGCUGAAUCCAGACCAAAAAAAGAAAAUAAAGAGUACUGACGCGCUUUACAUUUGUUUACAUCUGUGUAUAAAACAAUAUAAAAGAAUUCUAUAUGCACUUCUAUGUAAAAACGAUGUUAAUGGACUUCAAGUGCUCCAAGAGUGAUCCGGAUAUUCAAAUUGGAUAGACACAACAUACAUAAAAGAAUAAUAAUUAUUGUUUAUUCUGAUAAAUAAUUAUAUAAAUUAGAUUUUUAAAUGGCAGAUAUCAUGGAUAAAUCGGAUGCGGCUCAGACAACAAAUGUUUCGGAUACCACAACUUCAACAAAAAGCCAAUCUACAGACGAAAGAAAGAUACCAUGUAUCAUCGUACUUGGAAUGGCUGGUGCUGGAAAGACAUCUUUCGUUUCCAGACUUGUUUCUAGAUUGUAUGAUAAGGGCAGGCCAUAUGUCGUUAAUUUAGAUCCUGCUUGUAGAGAAGUUGCAUUUCCUGCUAAUAUAGAUAUAAGAGACACCGUAAAUUAUAAAGAAGUAAUGAAACAGUACAGUUUAGGUCCAAAUGGUGGCAUAGUUACGAGCUUAAAUCUUUUUACAACAAAAUUUCACCAGGUUAUCGAGCUUUUAAACAAAGCUAGUAAAGAUUAUAAUUAUGCGAUUUUUGACACACCAGGACAAAUUGAGGUAUUCACAUGGUCAGCGAGUGGCUCAAUCAUAACAGAGGCAUUAGCAUCUCAAUUUCCAACUAUUAUUGUAUACGUAGUGGACACUGUGAGAAGCGUUAAUCCCGUUACAUUCAUGUCCAACAUGUUAUAUGCUUGUUCCAUACUUUACAAAACUAAAUUACCUUUUCUUAUAGUCAUGAAUAAGAUCGAUAUUGUUGAACACAGUUAUGCAAUUGAUUGGAUGCACGAUUUCGAAGCCUUUCAAGAAGCACUCGACCAGGAAGGCGGAUAUAUCAAUAAUCUUACGCGUAGCAUGGCACUUGCAUUAGACGAGUUUUAUAGUCAUUUGAAAGUUUGUGGCGUUUCUGCCAUUACAGGUGCUGGAAUUAAUGAAUUUUUAGAGUUGGUUGAAGCUGCCGUGCAAGAAUAUGAAAUAACCUACAAAAAAGACUGGGAAAAAGUAAAAAUGGAGAGAGAAGCACAAAGAAAAAAGACAGAGAAGGAACAAUUAGAAAAAGCUAGUAAAAAAGCAAUGGGAGAAGCUGUAUCUUUUGUGACAACCGUUAACAGUGGUCGUGAAACUUCGGAAAUCUAUUUGAAACACGCUUGCAAUGAAUCGAGCGAAGACGAAGACGGAACGGAAAAUAAUUUUGAGGAAAAUAAAGAUGAAGAGAAGAAGGAAGAAGAGUCAUUUAGAAAUUUCUUAGAAAGACAUAAAAUGGAACAAGCUAAACGAAAGAGUAAUCAGGAAAGCGAACCCAAUACAAGUAAACAUAAAUAAAAACUGAUAAAAUUAUAUAAUUUUUUAAAUCUUACAAAAAGAAUGUUUUCUAAAUUUCAAUAAAAUAUUUUAAUUAAAAAAUUGUUUACUUAAUUUUCUGUUGUAAAAUAAAUAGUUUGUUUUAUUUAAAUUUUAAUUGUUAACACUCAUAGUUACCACUAUUUAUACAUUGAGAUAACUUCUACUAUAACAGUUUUAAUGAACAUUUUAUUUUCUAUCGAUAAUACGAGAAAAAAAUAGUAUGACUGUGCGUGCUUCAAAAAAGUCCAAUUAUUUAGUAACUUUAAAAUAAUCAAUAAUUUUGAAAAUAG